GAAACAUCAGAAAAUCAUUGCCAAGAAAGAAGCCAAGCAGAAGUGGGACGACCGUCACUGGGUGGAGAAAAGUCUGGCGGAGAUGACGGAGAGAGACUGGCGAAUCUUUAAGGAGGAUUACAACAUUUCCUGUAAAGGGGGGAGGAUCCCGAACCCCAUGAGGAACUGGAAGGAGUCCGGACUCCUGGAUAAGGAGAUUCUGGACGUCAUUGAACAAGUCGGCUACAAGGAGCCGACACCCAUUCAGAGACAGGCUAUACCUAUAGGUCUACAGAACAGAGACAUCAUAGGCGUAGCCGAAACAGGAAGUGGAAAAACAGCCGCCUUCUUACUGCCCCUACUCAAAUGGAUUACCUCCCUUCCCAAAAUAGAAAGGUUUGACGACUAUGACCAGGGUCCAUACGCCAUUAUUUUGGCUCCGACGCGUGAGUUGGCUCAGCAGAUAGAGGAGGAAACCAUCAAGUUUGCCAAACAUCUGAACUUGAAGACAGUCGCCAUUAUUGGAGGAAUCUCGCGAGAGGAACAGGGGUUCAAAUUACGACAGGGAUGCGAGAUCGUCAUUGCCACCCCUGGUCGACUGAUUGAUGUGCUGGAGAACCGGUACCUGGUUCUGGCCCAGUGCACAUACGUCGUCAUGGACGAGGCUGACAGAAUGAUUGACAUGGGUUUUGAACCGGAUGUACAGAAGAUUCUGGAAUAUUUACCAGUCUCCAACCAGAAACCGGACACAGAAGACGCGGAGGAGGUGGAGAAAAUGUUACAGAAUUACACCUCCAAGAAAAAGUACCGCCAGACGGUCAUGUUCACAGCUACUAUGCCCCCCGCUGUGGAGAGGCUGGCCAGAUCCUAUCUCCGUAGACCAGCGGUAGUGUACAUAGGCUCUGUAGGCAAACCCACCGAGAGAACCGAACAAAUCGUCUACAUGGUGUCAUCCGCAGAAAAAAGAAAGAAAUUGGUUCAGAUUCUGGAACAAGGAAUUGAUCCACCAAUCAUUAUCUUUGUGAACCAGAAGAAAGGAGCGGAUGUGUUGGCCAAAUCUCUGGAGAAAAUGGGAUACAAUGCCUGUACAUUACACGGUGGUAAGGGACAAGAACAGAGAGAGUUUGCUCUGGCCAGCCUUAAGGGCGGAACUAAAGAUAUCCUGGUCGCCACCGAUGUGGCAGGUCGUGGUAUCGAUAUCAAGGACGUCUCACUGGUUAUCAAUUAUGACAUGGCUAAAUCCAUCGAAGAUUACACACAUCGUAUCGGGCGUACGGGUCGAGCUGGGAAGACCGGGGUGGCUAUAACCUUUGUGACCCCUGAGCAGGACUCUGCCGUCCUAUACGACCUUAAACAGACCAUCCUGGCCAGCCCCGUGUCCUCCUGCCCCCCAGAGCUGGCUAAUCACCCAGAUGCCCAGAAUAAACCUGGCACCGUGGUACAGAAAAAACGCAAGGAUGAAACCAUUUUCCUGCAGUAAUUCAACAAUUCAUGGACUUGUGCAGAAGUGUGGGAAUAAUUGUUUUUAAUCUUAUUGUCAGUCUGGAAAUUGCGUACACACAAUGUGUGUUACAGAUGUAAAACAUUAUAAUUAAGAUUUCUAAAUGGAUAUUUGUUUACACAUUCUGAUGAAUAAAUGUGUAUCAUCUUU